CUUCCUGCCUUUUCCUCUUUUACACCGGCAAGGCAAGUUUUUCUGACAUGUGGGCACUUUGAUUGUGAAUGAACCCCUUUUUCCUCGCGCAUUUCGUAGCAAGUUUAGAGUCGCUUUGUUGCCCGCUCCGGUCAGUCACACGGAAUUUCACAAAGUGCCACGUAUUGCACAAACUCGCCUCCAACUGGGGCACUAAACAGAGUCGUUACCGGAUACUGCAGCUGGCAAAGAACAUGAGCACUCCCGAAAUUGAGAAAAUAUUAGAACCUCUUCGUAGCUCUGUCAAGGAGCAGGGGGACCUGGUACGGAAGCUCAAAGACGACGGUGCACCUGAAUUAGACGUCAAAAAAGCUGUCAAUGAACUCAAAGCACGGAAGAAAAUAUUGGAAGACAAGGAGUUGCAGUUGGCUCCGCCAGAAGCGCAGUUUGACCGAAUGCGCAUGGAAGAUCUCCUUAAACGGAGGUUCUUCUUCGACCAGUCGUUUGCCAUCUACGGUGGCGUUGCCGGACAGUUUGACUUUGGCCCCAUGGGCUGUGCGAUGAAGACCAACCUUUUGAAUGCUUGGAGGAAUCAUUUUGUACUAGAAGAACAGAUGUUGGAGGUGGACUGUACCAUUCUAACUCCGGAACCGGUACUAAAGGCAUCGGGUCAUGUUGAAAGGUUUGCCGAUCUCAUGGUAAAAGAUGUCAAAUCGGGCGAGUGCUUCCGACUUGACCACCUCAUUAAAGCUCAUCUUGAAAAGUUGGCAACGGACAAAAAGUCGACACCGGAACAAAAGGCGGAGUAUGAAGAUAUUGUUGUGAAGCUCGAUGGCAUGAACAAAGAAGAAAUGACUGCCGUCUUGAGGCGAUUUAACAUGAAAUCCCCAAUCACUGGAAAUGACCUCACAGAUGCUAUUGAAUUCAACCUCAUGUUCUCCACAUCCAUCGGACCUUCCGGCCUUGUCAAGGGCUUCCUUCGCCCUGAAACAGCGCAGGGAAUUUUCGUGAACUUCAAGCGUCUUCUCGAGUUUAACCAGGGCAAACUACCGUUUGCUGCUGCGCAGAUUGGAAAUGCUUUCCGAAAUGAGAUUUCUCCAAGGUCGGGCCUCAUCAGGGUUAGAGAGUUCACGAUGGCGGAGAUCGAGCACUUUGUAGACCCAUUGCAGAAGGACCACCCAAAGUUUGCAGACGUACAAAACGACGUUCUCACCCUUUAUUCUGCCUGCAACCAGAUGGAUGGCAAGCCUGCAGAGAACAUCAAGAUUGGUGAAGCAGUGGCAAAGGGCUUGGUAGCAAAUGAAACCCUGGGAUACUUUCUGGCCCGCAUCCAGAGGUUCAUGGUCAAAGUCGGUGUUGACAGGAACAGACUGCGCUUCCGCCAACACAUGGGCAACGAGAUGGCCCACUACGCCCGGGAUUGCUGGGACGCUGAAUGCAAGACAUCCUACGGCUGGGUGGAAUGCGUUGGCUGUGCGGACCGCUCGUGCUUCGACCUCACGCAACACACAAAAGCAACCGGGGUGAAGUUGGUGGCCGAGAAACCUCUACCAGAACCAGUCAUAAUUGAUGUUACUGAAGCGGUUCCACAGAAAGCUGGGAUUGGAAAGCAGUUUAAAAAGGAAGCUAAAGUAGUUGUUGAUGCCCUGGAAGCUCUCAAACCAGAGGACGUAGAAGACCUUGAAAAGAAGCUCACUGAAACAGGGGAAGCAGAGGUCCUGGUCGGCGAUAAGGCAGUGAAGAUUUCUAAGGACAUGGUUGCAAUUAAACGCUACAAGAAAACAUUACAUGUUGAGGAGGUUGUACCAGGCGUCAUAGAACCAUCUUUUGGCGUAGGCCGUAUCAUGUACGCUGUCUUCGAACACUGCUUCCGCAUGCGUGAUGGCGACGAGCAGAGAACGUAUUUUGCACUGCCUCCAGUAGUGGCGCCACUGAAGUGUUCGGUCCUGCCGUUAAGCAAUAAUGCCAACUUCACAAAGUUCGUGCGAGAAAUCUCACAGGCGUUGACACUACACGACGUGUCUCAUAAAGUGGACGACAGCAGCGGGUCAAUUGGACGUCGUUAUGCACGUACGGACGAGAUAGCCAUCCCGUUCGGCAUCACCGUAGACUUUGACUCCCUGAAGGAGCCUUACUCUGCAACUCUACGUGAACGCGACUCCAUGGAGCAAGUCCGAUGCCCGAUGGCGGACCUUGCACCGCUCAUCCAGGACCUAGUCCGUGGGAAGGUGUCCUGGCAGGAUGUGAAAUCAAUUUACCCAAUCUUCGAACAGCAAGAAGCAACCCGCGUAGCGCAGUGACGCAGCAUCACGUAUUUUGAAGAGGUUCUUAAGCAUAUUUUUAUUUACGCUCUAUGAGCAGCAUGUGCUUGUGGUUGUUAUUAAAGUCAUGCACAUUACGCACAUA